GGUCGGAGGUGAGGGGUUGACAAGAUGGCGGCGACGGCCUGAGGGGGGUGGCGGCGAUGUGGGGGGCAGUGCUGAGGGCAGUGCCGGGGGCAGUGCUGGGGGCAGUGCCGCGGCCGCCAGCCCUUCACAGGGGCCUGGCCAAGCCGGCCGGCCCGCGGAGCGUCCGCCAGCUGAGGGAGGCCGAGGAGGCCGCCCCGGUCUUCCAGUACGCGGGGAAGGCGGCGAAGCGGAAGGACCGCGUCUUCGUGUGGGGCUUCUGCUACUCGGGCGCCCUCGGCGUGCCCAGCUUCGUGAAGCCGGACGUGGGCUGGAAGAAGCCGCGGCGGAUCCAAGCUACGCCCUACCGGCUGGAGACGGAGGAGAAGAUAUCCUCCGCUGCCUGCGGUUAUGGGUUCACGCUGCUGUCCUCUCAUACCACAGACAUCACCAAAGUGUGGGGCAUGGGGCUGAACAAGGAUUCCCAGCUUGGAUUCCAGAGAAGCAUAAGAGAUCGAACUAAGGGCUAUGAAUAUGUCUUGGAACCAUCUCCAAUUCCAUUACCACUGGAGAAGCCGCAGCAGACUCGUGUCUUGCAGGUGUCCUGUGGGAGAGCCCAUUCCCUGAUCCUGACAGAUAGUGAAGGAGUUUUCACCAUGGGGAACAAUUCUUAUGGACAGUGUGGCCGGAAGGUUAUUGAAGAUGAAACUUACAGUGAAAGCCAUCUGAUUCAUCAGCUGAAGGAGUUUGACAGCAGAGUUGUCCAGGUUGUGUGUGGGCAGGACCACAGUCUGUUUAGAACCAAGAAGGGUGCGGUCUAUGCAUGUGGAUGGGGAGCUGAUGGACAAACAGGUCUUGGACACUACAACAUCACCAGUGUUCCUACUAAGCUACAUGGUGACAUUGCUGGAGUAAACAUUAUCCAGGUCUCUUCCUAUGGGGACUGUUGCCUGGCUGUUUCAGAUGAAGGAGAUGUCUUUGGUUGGGGAAAUUCAGAAUACUUGCAGUUGGCAUCUGUCACAGAAACCACACAGGUGAAUGUUCCCAGACAUUUGCCAUUCAAGAUUGGGAAGAUAAAGGAGGCUGCAUGUGGAGGGACUGGCAAUAUUGUGCUAACAGAAGAAGGAAAUGUUUUUGUCUGGGGAUACGGAAUUCUUGGGAAAGGACCAAACCUAAUAGAGACAGCAGUGCCAGAGAUGAUCCCACCCAGCCUUUUUGGCUGGUCAGACUUCAGUCCGGACAUCCGUGUUGCUCACGUUCGCUGUGGACUCAGCCACUUUGCAGCACUUACAAACAGAGGAGAACUGUUUGUAUGGGGCAAGAAUCUAAGAGGGUGCCUGGGAACUGGAAGAAUGGAAGACCAGUAUUUCCCAUGGAGGGUGACUGUACCCGGUGAGGUGGUGGAUGUUGCGUGUGGAGUUGACCAUAUGGUAAGCAUGGUUAAGUCUUUUGCCUAGUAAUAUUGCACUGCAUUAAGAAGAUGGGGGGACUUGGUGACGAGCUUCUUGGAAAGGAAGACUCAUCCUUGGAGCCAAGCAAGAAGUGACUGUGAGCAGAGACAGCCAUAGCAGGGCCUGGGUGUGUUGUCAUCUCUGCGUCGUUGAAACACUCUGGCCUGGCAGCAGGAAGGAAGUACAUUCCCUGAGGAGAGUGGAAGUGCAAGGAGUGCUCUGGCUGGUUCAUGAUGAGCUCCCAAGGAGUCUGAGGCCCAGCCCACAGCUGGUGAGUCCCUCUGUGCCUAAGGAUGAAGAGCAUCUCCCUCAGGGAAGGCUGGCACGAGAUGAAAUCUGUAGCACGGGACACUCAUUUAUGGACGCUUUCCCUGUCACCAGCUCUUGUGUGUCCGUGUUGGGCUGAGCCAAACUAUUUCUCAAGGGAAAGGGGGUUUUUAGAACUAUUUUUUAUAUGGAAGAGAAGUCAUGCUGGCUGUUGGAGUCCAGCACAGCUGUCCUCGGUGUCCACCGCCAGCUGCACUCUGCCCAGGCCGCUGUUCCCUGUGGAAGCUGGAUGCACAGCUGGCGGCCAGAGACAGCAGAUCCCAGGCUGUUGCAGGCUUUCCAUGUGGACUCUAAAGACCGAACACCCAAGGAACACGUUUGAUAAACUGCCAAGGGUGAGAACUUGUUUGCAGGGGAAAAGUACUGUUAAAUAAGACAGCGUGGAAAGAUAAAUCGUAGGCUGUCUGCGCUGCCAUCGCUGCGGAAGGAGAUUGAUAGUGACAGUAGCCAAUCUAGCCUGUUGUGGAGGGAGGCUGGGAACAAAGAUCCCUCGUAGCAGGGUCGGUGUCAGGCAGUGGACGUGAGCAGCACUCCCUGCUCAUCGGGUGCUUUUGUCUUCAUGUGCUGAUCACAAACCACUGCCUUUAAUUUUUUUUUUGGGGGGGGAGAGGGGAGUCCCUGUGCUCUUUAUGUCUUCAGGGGUACAGUGGCUCUUGGUUGUAAAAAGCCCUUUUAAAUUAGCCAGGCUUUUCAGUAGUGCCUAGCAGGGGAAGGAGUCUUACUGGGCAAGAAGCAGAGCCUUGUUUUGUGGUACCUUCUUAGCAGAGUGGUGUGCGCAUUUAGGACACAGCAAGCUGAUGGAGAUGGGGUGCAACAGCUGUAUGUACCUGUAGCAGGCACGUAUCAAACCUCACACUAAAGUGUGGGAAACUGUCCUGUGAAAUACCCCAGACAUCAGGCAGAGUUGCAUCAUUUCUCUCUGUGUGGGACACUUCUACUGUGUAAAUUAUUUUGGCAAAAUCCAAGCUAAUAUGUUUUUAAUAAAGUUGUUAUAAAGUCUU